AUGUAUAUUCAUAGAUGUUUAAUCAAUGUAAUUGUUAUGACACUGUUAAGUGUAAAUGCUCAAAAUGAAUUGAAUCAAAUUGAUUCACCUACCAUUAUUGAUAGUUUAACAUUUCCUUUAAUAAUAGAUGAUAUAGAUAUAGAAAAUAAACCAUUAAAGUUUCCUAUCAAAGAACAAAUAACACAAAAAAAUGUAUAUCAUACAGAAUCAAUUUCUGUUAAAAGAAGAAAUUCCAAUCAAUCAAUUGAUAAAUCUAAAUAUUUUGACAAAUCAACUGUUGGAAAUGAAUUUAAUUAUUCAAUUUUUGAUGUUGGUGAAUCAUUAUGUCCAGAUGUUUAUUGUUAUGCAAAGCGUUUAUCUCCUACAGAUGAAUUAACAUUUGAUUGUAAAAGUCAAUCGUUUGAAGUUACUAAUGAAGAUACAAUGAUUGAUUGCCAUUAUUGGCAUGUACCGUCACCAGGUGCAGAUUCUAAUCAACAGCGUCAAUCUAAACAGCAUGGAAAAGGGUAUGAUUUACGGAUUGUGUUAAAACCAUCUACAAUAAGCGCUGAUGAUUUAUCUUCAAAGUCAAAUAGUGCUUCAAGAUUACGAAUUAGUCAUUUAAAACCAGGAGUAUUAAAUUGGAUUAUUGAAACAGUUCGACUAAGUUUGAAAAUGCCUUUAAGUCCUGUUCAUUUGACAAUUUCAUUUAUUUAUUUCAAACGUCUUGGACGAAACGAUUUAGGCAAUCUAGCAACAAAAUCACGUGUAACACACUUAAGUUUAUGGAACCCUUUCAAUUGGGAUGAAGAUAGUUUUAUACCUAAUACAAAUAAAACAUCGGAAUCAUCAAAUAAUGCAGGUUAUUUAGUCGAAGGUCCGCCUUAUUUUCGUCUUUCUUUGUUUUGUGACUAUGAAAAUCAAAACCCUUCGUUUAGACGUUUAUGGUUCCCAUGGAAAAGUUGGCAACUACGUCUUACGCACUGUCCCGAUCUCUAUAUUUGUUGGCACUGGCACAGUAAAUAUCCUAUUUGUGAUGUAAAACAAUCGACUGACAACCCUGAGAAACUGUCGAAGUCCUUUAGACCAUCUUAUUUGAUCUCACCUAAGUCAUUAAUCAAUUCACCCCAGUCAGUAAAACAAGAGACUGGUAUGCAAAUAUUAUAUGAUAACCAAUGUUUACUUAAUCCUAAUCAAACAAACCUUAUUAGAGAUUUAAAAAUGAACUAUUCUAGUCAAUGUUUACAAUCAUAUAAUGAUAAACCAGCAAGAGAUAUUGAGGUAAGUAAGACUACUUUACAACAGACAACAGAAAUACAAACUACAACUACAUCAAUGGCUAUAAUACCUACAACUAUAAACGCAACAACAACAACAGCGACAACAGUAAACAGUACUUCUAGAACGUCGUUAACGACAACAACUAUUAACACACCAUUAAUGACGACAUCUAUACGUUCCACUAUUACUCCCCUGUCUACGACUUCUACUUCUACUACUACUACUACUACUACUACUAUUGAAAAUCAAACAGAUCUCAUGAUAAAACUAAACAAAACUACAAACGUUUUAAAAUCAAUAUUAAAAAUGAAUACUACCAAAAUGUAUCCAAUUGAUUAUUCAAUGAAUCAAUCAAAUAUUUGGUCACCUAAUCAUAAAGAAAUGAAUAUUUUAGAUCAAAAAUCAAAUUAUAAUAAAACCAUUUCAAUAGUAUUCAAUCAAGAUAAAGAUGGUAUAUCAAUGGAAUAUUUAACAAAUGGAUUAAUUCUAUUAACUAUAUUAAAUAUUAUAUUAAUUAUUUGUUUUAUUAUAUUAGUAUUAUGGAUACGAAAAAGAAUUCGAAAACAUUCAAAAAAUCAAUUUUAUCAAGAUUAUAUGACUGGUCGUCAUAGUAACUAUACAACGAAUAAUGAUAAUAAUUAUCCAUUAUUAAUAUCAACUAGAUCAGGUUCAUAUUUAUUUGGAUCUCAACUGAAAUUAAAUCAACGUCAUAAUUCAUUUCCUAAUAAUUCUUCUUCAUUUAAUUCACAAUAUUUUAAUACAUUUUUACCAAUAUCUACUUAUAAAACUACUAAUAAUAAUCAUAGUCAACAAUUUUUAUUAGGUCGAUCAAUAUCAUAUUCAAGUAGUAUGUGGAAUGGAUCGCUAAGGAAUGGCUUAAACAAUAAUAAUAAUAAUAAUAAUAAUAAUAAUAAUAAUAGUAAUAAUAGUAAUGGUUAUCAUAAUGGAAGAGUAUCAUUAGCUAAUAGAUUAGAUUUACAAAAUACUAAACGUAAUUUAAAUGAUUCAUUAAAUGGUCUUUCAAUUGAAUCUAAUCAACAACUAACAUCAAUUCCAUAUAGAAAUCGAAAGAAUAAUCAAUUAAUCAAUCUUCCAUUACUUUAUCAUGAUAAAGAAAUAAAAAAAUCAUCUUCACAAACAUUAAUUCCACCAUUCAUUUCAUCAUCAUUAUCAUCUUCAUCAACUGCUGUGAAUACAACAGAAAUGAAUGAACAUAAAGAAAGAGAAUAUAAACAUAUGUAUAAUUCAAGAAAUCGUCUUUCUAGUAGACAAUCAUCACCAGCACCAUUGCGUGAAAUAAAAAAAUCACCAGUUAUUAAUUAUCGUAAAAAUAAAAGAAAAUUAGGUCAUGGUAGACCACCAUUAGCUUGUUCUGUCAGAAAACCGCAUACAUUAGUUAUUGAAGAUAACAGUCAAUGGUCAGAAGAUUUUAAAACAUCUUUACAUGAAUUAUAAUGAGUAAUGUCUGUAGAUAAUAUUGUAUACAUUCAUAUAUGUGAAUAUAAAAGAUCUAUUGCACAAUAUCGUGUAAACAGUCAACAACAAAACAAAAUUUUUAGUUCAUUUAAACCAACACACCUAUGAAAAAUACAAAUCAUGAAUACACUUUUUCUCUUUUUUUCUCUCUCUUUUACUUAUCACCCUACAACAACAACAACAACAAC